AUGGCCACCAGCUUUCAUUUGGACGUGGAGGUGCUUGGGGGCCGGGACUCCUGGGUCCCAGAGGAGGAGGAAGAGGAGCAGGAGAAGGGGCACGGGGGCCCAGAGUCCAGGAUCCUGGGCUGCCUCAGUGACCCGCUGGCCGGCAGAGCUGAAGGAACCAGGCCCGAGGCAGGGACGAGGCGGGAGGCAGCGCCCCCUGGCGGGAGAACGAGGAGGACACUGUUUCUCCAGAGCUGCAGAGAAUUACCUGGUGGGAGAAGGUGCGAGGGGCCGGGGUGCAGCCCACCAGUCUCUGCUCUUAUACUUUGCAAUAAAGGUUAA